GCGGAUACCAACUCUAGCACAACCCUUUAUUUCCCCUCCCGUUAUACUUCCAAACCAUUGCAAAUUGAAAGAUAUUGAAAAUGACGCAGAAGUGUGCCCACAAAGGCUGUGGAAAGACAUUCACGGAUCCGGAGGAAGAAUGCCACUACCACCCAGGAGCGCCCAUAUUCCAUGAAGGCCAGAAAGGCUGGCAGUGCUGCAAAACAAGAGUUCUCACCUUCGACGAGUUCCUCACAAUCCCGCCAUGUUCAGUCGGCAAGCACUCCGUCGACGCACCUAUCUUAGCACCCGUACAAACAUCCGGACCCGGAUCACAACAGCAAAAACACCCCGAAGUCGCGCCUCCACCGGAGAUUGGCUCGGACGGAACAGAAGUAUACGGCCAACCACAGCCAUUGCAGAGGAAGGCGCUCCCGAAAGUGGGUGCAGCAUCGGGCACUCCUCCGCCGGAGAAGAAGGAGAAACCGUUGGAGCAAGAUGAUCCCAGUGUACCGGCUCCGCCGGGAGCUAGGUGCAGGAGGCUCGGGUGUGAGGCUACGUACGACGGUGGGAGCAGGGAGGAUGAGGAUGAGAAGUGUGAGUUUCAUCCGGGGGUUCCGAUAUUUCACGAAGGAUCCAAAGGUUACUCCUGCUGCAAGCGCCGUGUCCUCGAGUUUGAUCAAUUCUUGAAAAUCCCAGGCUGUGCCACGGAUAGACAUCUAUUUGUUGGGGCGCCCAAACCUGGUGAUGAUGAGGAGUUAGUCUCGUGCCGAAACGACUUCUAUCAAACAUACACAGACGUCAUCGUUUCUAUUUUUGCGAAAAAGGUUGACAAGACCCGCGCGGAGGUUCACUUUUCAGAGAAACAGCUGGAUGUGGACUUGCCUAUGCCAGAUAACAAGAGGUAUAAGGUUAGCUUUCCGCUUUAUGGAGCCAUCGACCCGGCCGGUUGUGAAUAUAAAGUUCUUACGACGAAAAUUGAGCUCAAACUCAAAAAAGCGGACGGACUGUCCUGGCCUACGCUCCGCAGCGACGAGGUCUCGGGUGAGAUUAUUCAGAUUGGAAAGCCGGCCACUGCGUAGAGAGCGAAGUGGGGCAUUGAUCAUGCCGUGUCGCGAAAUAUCUCUAGAUAGAUAGAUAGAUGAGAAAUCGAUGCUACAGUUGGCU